AUGGAACUCAUUCUGUAUAAUUCACACCUUUUUCUGUCUUUUUAUAUAGUCUUUACAGCGACUGGUUUAGCAGAGUGCCCAGGUUCUUGUAGAGCACAUGACGCCAGACUUGCAGAAGUGAUGUCGUCAAACCAGCAAGACCUUUUGCGUUAUACAGCAAGCUUAUAUGGAACUUCUUCAGUGGAUAAACUAUAA